UGAAGUACCCGCAGCAGCGUGACUUCCUCAAACAUUGAAGUAUUCAGGGUUUUUCCUUAGAAAUAAGCGAGUUUUCUGUGUUUUUCGUCCACAGCUGACAUCAUGGUUCGUUGUUUCCUCAUCCACACCGUCUGUCCGGUCAGUGCCCUCGGUCCCGGGGAGAGUCGGGUCUUGUACUCCCGGGUUUUCGGUCCAGAUGAAGCCGUGGUGUCGGAGCAGACCCGGGAACUUAACCCGGAGGAGAGACGGCUGCUGCAGAAGGAGAAGGUGGCUUUGGUGGCCAGGCAUGUCCACGGCUCCGUCUCUCUGUCCCGGGAGGCUUCAGGUCGCCCCCUGGUGGAGACGGUACCCGGCGAGGAGGCCCUGGCUCUGCAGGAGGCAGACAGCGGCGUGGUACGUCUGCGAGCUGGAGACCCGUUCAAGGAGGAGAUGAGCGCUCUGUGGCUCGGGGUCCAGAGUCUGAGCUUCACUCUGGUCUGCGAGCCUCACGAGAACCUGCUGCUGGCUGAGGGGACCCUGAGGAACCUGACCAGGCACUGCCUGGAGCACCUGCACAUGUUGGGGCAGGGCAGCGAGGUCCUGCUGAGGAGUCACCGUGUCGACACCCUGCUCAGCCGCCUCCUCCCUCAUGGUCAGCUCCUCUUCCUCAACCACCGCUUCGCCCAGAGCCUGGAGAAGGAAGUCACAGCCUACAUGGCAAAGUGAUCCUGAGUCACCUCAUCGUGACCUGGCUCUCACUUUGAGCUCCAUUACUGCUCACUGUGAAGUGCUCCCUCUCAGACACGCCGUUGUUUACCUUUGGUGACACUUUUUUCUGCGGCGGUAGAAGAAGACACUGAAGAAUGGACCUGGUGGCAGCUGCUGCUUCAGAUUGCAUGAGGCGGCGAAUACAUAGAGUGGUAAAAUAUCUCCCUGAGCCACUCGCAGCUCUCUGUGACUGUUUACUGCGUGGGAGGCUUCAGUUCAAAUCCUGUUUGUCAAAUUGAAGAGUGGAAAGCAGAAUGUGGCAGAUUAGAGAGUGGAGCUGAAGAGGACGGUUUAAAACCUCCUCGCCGGCACCAAAGACGGUCAUUUAUCUGAUUCACCGUGCUGGAAAUGUCACAGAGAGACCUUGAAGAGCCAGACCUGACCUGUUUUUGGUUUGUUUGAGGUUUCCAGGAGUGUAAAUGAAUCCUAAAGUGCCUCAAAGUGACUUUUAAUGAACCUUUAGUUUCUGAGGAGUAGGAGGACGUCAGGAUUUGAGGUUUUUGUGCAGGACGAAGUAUGAAUCAUCUCAUGGCAACAAACAGCCAAAAUGGAGCAAACAAAGAUGAAAGUCAGACCUGUUUAGUGUCAGUUUGAACCAAAAAUGUCAAAAAAUGUGGACAAAAGCAGAAGUGACAUGACUUAUUAUAGAGCAACAAUGACAGAUGAGCAGAGACGUUGGCAUGCAGACGACAGAAAUUAGGAAACGAUGACAAAAUAACACAGAAAUCUGAAAACAAAUGUACUCCUGAUGCCUGUGAACCUCUGACUGUGAAGCCAGACUCCUCGGCUCCUCCUCCCGGCCUCAUAAAAGCCGUUUAAACCCCCAGUUUGUGUACUGGCAACCGAAAACAGAGUGGAGAUUUUUUUAGGCAGGGGGAGGGCAGGAGAGAUCUGUCUACAUGCCAACAUCAAUCCCUUUGAUCCUCUCUUCUUCUUCACUGCAUCAGAAAAUAAAACAUUUUUUUUUUCAGCAUUA